AUGGUGGAGAGCUUACCUGAUUUUGAAGCUAAUUCCACUGAAUGGCAUGCCUUCCAAUUUGGUAAGAAACAUAGAAAGCCAUUUGAAAAUCCAACCUUGACAGCCUCACAAAAGCUAAAAAUAGUUCACACUGAUGUCGUAGGGCCUCAAAGAACUCUAUCACUACAAGGUAACAUCUAUUACGUCCUUUUCAUUGACGAUUAUACAAGAAUGUGUUGGUUUUUUUUCUUGAAAUUCAAGUCAGAAGUUGAUGGUGUAUUCUGCAAAUUCAGGAAAUUGGUGGAAUAUCAAAGUAAUUGUAAGAUUCAAGAUUUGAGGUCUGGUAAUAUGAAGGAAUACACUUCAGUGAAAUUUAAUUCAUUCUGUGAGAAGGCCAUCAUUGUGCAUCAACUUAAUACACCAUACACACUAGAACAAAAUGGUGUUAGUGAAAGAAGAAAUAUAUGGAUGAUGGAGAUGACUAGAUGUAUGUUGCAUGAGAAGGAGUUGCCCAAGAUAUCUGGGCAGAGGCAGCACAUACCGUUAAACGUGAAAAACUUGACAAAAAGGAAGAUGCUCUUUAGAAGCAAACAUCAGUGCUCCUGGAGAACAAAAAAUGAAUACUGGAGGCAAGAACUAGAAGAUGAUCAUCCAGUCAAGGGGAGAAAAUUGUUGUUAUAUAUCUAUCAGAGUUGUAAUGUUUCCAUCUAUGAACCUACUUGUCCGGUAGAAGCUUUGCAAGACCCAAAAUGGAAGAAAGCAAUGGAGGAGGAUAUCUCCAUGAUUGAGAAAAAUAAAACUUGUAUGCUGGUCAACAAACCUGAUGAUAGAAUAGUCAUUGGUGUGAGAUGGGUCUGCAGAACAAAGUUAAAUGCAGAAGUUCCAUCAACAAAUACAAGGUGA